AUGGAGGAGCUGGAGAGUUUCCUGAAUCAACGGGAGGUCGCAGAGCUGAGGAGGAGGGAACUGCUGCACAAGCACUGGACUGAGCGUGUCUGGAUGCCCCUGCAGAGGAGAGUGGAGCAAUGUGUGUCCAGCUGCACUGCCGAGGAGACCAAGCGGCGGCAGUCUUUAUACAGUAACUAUCUCCAUCACUGCAACUCCAAGGGUUUUGUAUUUCUAGAUACUGGUGAUCUAAAGGAGUACAAUCCUUUUCUCUAUGUCAAAAAUAAACACUACUUCAAGGCCAGCACACUGCCACAAGCCUUGUCUUAUUAUCUAGUCUCCACAUCGAGACAAACUCCACUGCGGGAUGAGACUGAUGGAAGGAAGUCCAGCAGGAUACAGUACCACUCCACAUACGUGCAACUACCAAACCAGACGGAAGGUGCCAUCGGAGCGGCUGCUGGUCCUCCAAAUGAGGAUGUUCGGCAACUUCAGUCCAACUACAUACCAAAUAAAUUCCAUGCUCAGAAUACGUCCUGUUAA